UGUCGUCGCUUUCGACUCCAGCAGGUACGUGUAUGUGUGUGCAUGUAUGUCUGUGUGUCAGUUAUCGCCAACACCACCACCACACCACGUUGCACGAGCACAUUUGUUUGUUUGUGUGUUGUUCGCAGUCGAUAGUCGUGUGUGUUCGCUCGUUCAUUUGCCACAACGGGCACUGAUACCGUGAUAUCAGGCCUCCUUGACCUCUCCCCCCCCCCUUUCCGUUUUGCUGCUUCCAUUGCCCGACACACACUGUCACGCACGAUCAACAAAAACAACUACUUCCACCACUUCUGACUGACACACCACCUCUUACACCGCCUUCGUCCCCUUCUCCUUCCAACAACAACAACACACGCAUACGAUGAGCAGCGCCUUUGAGUGCCGCAACGCCCGGCCCGUUGCCCCUUCACCGCCUUCAUCGCCAAAGGCACGGAAGAAGAAGCAGACGACCAGCAAGGCCGUCUUCUCGCCUUCCCCCGUCCAUUGGUCCACAUCAACAACAACAACAGCGACAGCAGCCAGAGGCAGCAGCAACAGCUACAACAAGAAGAAGCAAGGUCACAACGGCAGCAGCGCCAACAGCAAGCCAGCACCAGCAGGUCUCAUUGUUGUCAAGCGGAAGAAGAGGUCCACCAGCACCCAGCAACAAACCACCACCAGUGCCCCUUCGCCAGAGCAGGUUCACUCACCGCCCUCACCGCUGAGCAGGCCCAUUCCCAAGCCAUCUUCCACUUACACCACCUCAGCACAGCACCACCAGCAGUUCCAGCAGCAGUGUCACCUCACCACUGCCACUGCAAGCACCACAGCCGCCGCAUCAACAGCGAGGGUUGUUUCCCCAACCGAAACGUCUGCGUUCGUGUCCCUGGAGACCAUGCGAAACGCCGGUAUUCGCCACCCAACACAGCACCACCACAACACCACUGCCACCGCCAUGAGUCGCCGUGACAACGCCACAACCAAGCACCAGCAGCAGCACAGCCCAGGCAAGCCCCACCACGAGGAUGACAUGGACGACUGGGUAGAGGCCGAGCUGCGGCAGGUCACCGACCGCAUGACAUCCGAUGUCGCCAACCCAUCCAAGACGACGGCAACAGCGGCGUCCACAGCGGGCAAGGCCGACGUCUCCACCACCGGCAAUGGCGACGACAGCGACGAGGAGUUUUCCGAUGCCAGCGACGUGCUUCGUCUCGACGCCACCACCACCACCACCACCAUGGCCGAGGCAACAACAACACCAACAGGCAAGACAACGACGACCGCCACAGCAACAACAACAGCCGCCGUGACGUCGCUCCUGCAAACGCCAACGUCAGGCACCACCAACGUGUGGGCUGCCCGCGCCAACAAGCGUGCUGCGGAACAGCAGCAGCAGCAGCAGCAGCAGCAGCAGAAUGGGUCGCCACGCGGGUCUGGCGCCAACAGCCCAUAUGAGGAUCCGAGCAACGAGCGGAUCCAGCAGCUGUUGGAGCAGCGGCGGCAUGGGGCGUCACCGGCCAUGACGCAACGCGAACACCUGCUCACGUCGCCGUUUGCGCACUUGACCAAGGAGGAGCGCAUGGAGCGCGUGGUGAAGCAGGUGCACUUCUACUUUGGUGACCGGAACUACCCGACGGACAAGUUUCUUCGCAAGCAGGCGAAGAAGUCUGCAAACGGGUGGGUGCCGCUCUCCGUCGUGUGCACGUACAAGAAGAUGAAGAAGAUCACAGACGACGUGCCGCUCAUGGCGGAGGCCCUCAAGCACUCGGAUGUGGUGGAGGUGAACGACGAAGGCACAGCCAUUCGCCGGCGCAACCCGCCGCCAAAGUUCCACCCCGAGGCCAUUUGCGCCGCAACGGUGGUCGUCACGUUUGUCAACCCGAGAAAGGUGGACCACGCACGUGCGCAGGAGAUUAUCACCGCCGCCCUCAACCCGUUUGGCCGCAUUGUUCAGAUCAGGAAGGUCGACACCUACGAAGACGUCCCAGAUGAGGUGACGCACUUCUAUACGAAGAUGCUGAACAGCGCCAUUCCCGCCAACCUCCUCAACACCUCCCGCGGGCCACGGUACCUCGUGGAGUACGACUAUGCCGACGAGGCCCUUGAUGCCGCCACGGAGCAGGACGGCCGCGCCUCUGUCUUCCACCGCACCCUCGGCAACCUGCACAUUGCCCUGCUGUACAAGCGCCGCAAGCAGCGUGGCGGCGACGCCUCGGGCAGCAACCGCUCCAGCGCCGUGCAGACCCCGAUGAGCGCGUCCACGUCGCGCGCGCACACGCCCGUGAUGUUCCAGCAGAUGCCGCGCCAGGGCCACCAGCACCACCAGCCGCAGGGCAGCCGGCCACAGCGCGGGUGGGAGGCGCUUGCUGCAGCAGGAGGCGCCAACACGACGACCACAACCACCACAACGACACCGGGCACCGCCACGGCGAGGCGGAGCAAAGGCGGCUCACCAGGCCGCAGCAGCAGCGUGGGGCGGGCGCGCGCGUCGUCGCUGGACAACAAGACGGCCCGGGCCAUGCAACAGCAGUACCUGUCGCACGUGGACUCGACGGUGCCGACGCCGCCAUCGCAGAGCAGGGGUGGCCGGCAGAUGAGCCGCACCCCGGACCCGGCGCAGAUGCGGCGGCACCGCGCGCACACGGUGGACUCUGCCACGGGCCGCCGCAAUGCCAUGCAGAAGCGCUCCCCGCUCGGCAAGAGCAUCACCAACCUCAACGAGAGUGGUGGCAGUGGCGGCAGCGGCAGCAACAGCUGGCGCAGCGGGGACCACACGGCUGCUCUGCUUGGAACCCCGCCAUCCAUGGGAGGCACGACGCAGACGGGCGGGAGUGGCCGGUCCAGCCCAGGGUCCUCGCCGCUCAAGUUCUCCCACUCACCGCUCGCCAAGGCCGGCAGUGCCGACAAGCUCGUGGCAGCACACUCCGCACCCCGUGCAGCAGAGUCCCCAAGCUGGCGCUCUCGCAGCCAGUCUGCGUCGCCGCUGCCCUCUGUCGGCUGGCGUGCGACGACAAGCAGCCCGCGGCCCGUGCCUGUCUCUGGCCGCACCACGCCCGCCAUGGGCGCUAUCAAGCGCCUCCCGCUCGGCCCAGACGGCAGCCGUGGCUUCAAGCUCAAGCGAACCCUCGUCAACUACUAA